GCCAUCUGAUAUUCGAAAAUCGAACGAAGAAGGUUCUAGAAAAUGCUUACAUCAUCGUCAUUGUAAAGAAAGUUUCACUUGUUCGAUUUCAAAUACGUACUCCUAGGCGCAACGUAUCACUCUCACAAUCUACAUUUUAUAGAAGGAAAGAAAGAAAUCCAUCAUGUUCCAAACAGCUAGCAGAUUCUUGGGAAAGGCCCAGCAUCGAACAAUGACUCUAGGAGCUCCUAGGAGAGGCUUGAAGGCCUUCUCGUCAGGUUAUCCAACCUGCAUCGACAGCCAAAAACACGACACUCCCUCUUACGACAUUAUUCCAAAGGAAGAUUUCGGUCAAUUUAAAGAGUACUCAGUUAUCCACACCAACCGGUCGUUGAAUUUGAUGUCCGAUCCAUUUCAAAAGGUAAUGCGCGAUCUGAAUUCCCUUUUGAAAGCAACCUACAAUGCUGACAAAGUCGCAAUAAUUCCAGGAUCGGGUACAUUUGGUAUGGAAGCUGUUGCUCGCCAGUUUGCAACAGACGAGCACGUCAUGGUGAUCCGAAACGGAUGGUUCUCCUAUCGGUGGACAGAGAUUUUUGAGAUGGGAAAUAUACCAAAGUCCCAUACUGUGUUGAAGGCAAAACCUAUCGACCUAGCAACUGAUCAACAUAAUUAUCAGUACGCACCUUGUCCUGUAGAUGAAGUAGUGGCAAAGAUCUAUGAAGAGCGACCAGCGACCCUCUUUUGCGCUCACGUAGAGACCAGUACUGGCAUGAUCUUGCCCGAUGAUUACAUUCGUAAGGUUUCCGAGGCGAUGCAUGACGUGGGCGGACUCUUUGUUUUGGAUUGUAUUGCAAGUGGCACAAUUUGGGCAGAUAUGGAAGAUCUCGGCGUCGAUGUGGUUAUUUCUGCUCCUCAAAAGGGAUGGACUGGACCAUGCUGUGCUGGUUUGGUCAUGAUGUCUGAUCGAGCAAAACAAAAGAUGGAAACAACGAAGGAAACAUCUUUUGCAAUGAGUUUGAAACGAUGGUCCGCAAUUAUGGACACAUGUAAGUUGUCAGAAAGUAUUUUAUUUGUUUCAGGAAAACUUUCGUUUUCGUAGAUUUGCUUGGAAGUAUCCUAUUCUAAUGUGCAUCUUUUUGUUCAUCACAGAUGAAGCUGGAGGAUUCGGAUACCACACAACCAUGCCUACGGAUGCACUGCGAGAUUUCCAUGAAAUAUCCGUCGAGACUCUGAAAGUUGGGCUUCCGGAACUGAAGGAAGGUCAAUACAAGCUAGGAAAGCGAGCUCGAGCAAUGCUGGAUGAAAGGGGUCUUACAAGCGUAAGUGCUCCAGGGUUUCAAGCUCCUGGUGUCUUGGUGUACCAUUCUCCGGCAACAGUCGAGAAUGCAGAAAUGAUGACCAAGUUCAAGAAGAAAGGUUUGCAAAUUGCGAUGGGUGUCCCAUGGAAAUUGGACGAACCAGAAGGAAUGAGGACAUUCCGUCUGGGUUUAUUUGGUCUGGAUAAAAUUGGGGAUAUUGAUGAAACUGUUAACACUCUGACAGUAGCAUUGGAUCCAAUUCUUGGGGAAAUGGAAAACAAUAUUGCCUUUUCAAAAAUAGCUGUUUGAAAGGACACUGAUAUACCUCUGGCUUCCAUAAUACAUAAAUAGAACUGUACGAAAUAAAUUGAUGUAAAUUAA